AUGAACAAGAAUAUUUUUCUUCCUUCUCCCGGUUCCAGACCGACUGACAAAUGUCUCUCAAACACGGUGAAUCCAGACUCUGGAUUCACCUCACUGCGUGAGGACUUGCCCCCCUCCCCCGGAGAUCCCGAAAUCGUUUCAUUCUUACCGUCACCUCGACGGGGUUCUGGAACCUGCAGCCAAGAAAGGAAGAAAGGAGGAGAGAGGGGAGGAAACGAGGGGGCCGCAAUUCAGCUGGAGACAUCUCGCAAUCUGGAAAUCUCCGCGGUCGCGUUGAACUCAGCCAACAAGUCGAUAGCGAUGGCCAACGAUCCGAACCGAGGCAUGUCUGUCACUCCUCGAGGCUUCUCUUCAGGGGGAUAUACCACGUUUGCCACAGAGCGGACGGCAGGCAGUCCUUUUCCCAGGGUGGUUUCAGCCAUGAGGUUUAUUGAGGCGAUGCUGGUGCUGCUGACAAUCGGAGACCUUUGA